AACGUGUGUUUGCGUUAUCGUGUGUGUGUGUAUCUGUGUUAACCUGUCUCUCCUGGGUCCAGGCUGGGACGGCUGGGGCUGUACCGAUCCCUCGGAGGCCUAUUCCUAUGGUUUCCAGCUCCUGUCCACCUUGCUGCUCUGCCUCAGUAACCUGAUGUUCGUUCCUCCCGUGGUGAUCGCUGUCCGCGGCCACUACCUCCUGGAGGCCUCUGUAUACAUCUUCACCAUGUUCUUUUCUACUUUCUACCAUGCGUGUGACCAGCCUGGUAUCGUGGUGUUCUGUAUCAUGGAAUACGAUGUUCUCCAGUUCUGUGACUUUCUGGGUUCCCUCAUGUCUGUCUGGGUCACCGUCAUCUCUAUGGCCCGGCUCAAGUCUAUCAUUAAACAGGUGCUGUAUUUGCUCGGGGCCAUGACUCUCUCCAUGGCUCUCCAGUUGGACCGUCACGGCCUGUGGAACCUCCUGGGACCCUCCCUCUUCGCCCUGGGCAUCAUGGCUGUAGCCUGG